AUGAAGCUCCCAAUCGAGUUAAGACACGCCAUCUGGGUUCUCGCUCGUCCCGAGGCACGAGUUGUCAAGAUCUCGUUAUCAAAAGCUCGGCCAACAUUCGGCGAACUUCAACGUUUUGCUUAUACAAAAGCGAAAGUCCCAAAUCUUCUUCACGCCUGCUCUGAGUCCCGACAAGUGGCCCUGAAAUGGUACACGAUUGCAUACAACAAACCUAAGGACCAAUCUCUGUUCAACAAAUUAUUCCAGAUUGCUCUCCGUCGCACUGUAUAUCCCCCGAUCUACUUAGAUGUGAAGGCAGAUUUCAUAUACCUACAUUGUCGGGUUUGCAAGGGCGAGGUAUGCGAUCUUUCCACGGAUUGUGGUGUGACCAGCGACUGGUCAGAAAAAUCAAAGUCGCCAAGGAUCAUAUGUGAGCAACCACAAUAUACCAUACCUCCCGUAUUGUGGUUCCACCAGAUUGAAGAGAUUUUUGUUGCCACUCCAGGAUAUGGACAGAGACUCCAAGCAGGAACGCCAGCCUCGAGGUUCGUGAUUGAAAGGAAUGGUAUCAAGAUGAGAUUGGACUCUUUGAAUCGUUACAAAGCUUUGUGUAAACUGGAGGCACGGAUCGGGAAGAACUGCCCGCCUGUGCCCAAACGCUUGGAUGCAGUCCAAUCUGGAAAUCCUCCCAGUGGCAUACCUAAGCGUCCUAUUCUCAGAGGUUUGCCAAGAGAGGUGCGCAACGCAGAAUUGGAGAAGGCAAGAAGACAAGCAGAGCUGGAAGCCGAAGACCAGUGGGAGGAAGAAUCCGAUGCAAUAGUCUUUAGUGAGGAGACGUGGAACAAGAAGCAGAAGACACGAAAUGGUUUCGUUCCGCUCUGGACUACAUACACCCCAGCACAAACGCAAACUUCCAAGGAGUGGAAGCCAACAUUGCGUAGAUAG